AUGGCUUCGAAUCCUCCUGGCCCUUGCUGUUUUACAGGCUUCAAACAUGAAGGCACGCCCAUAGGCGUACAGGACUCGAUAAAAGGAGUUCAAACAUACAUUUCGCGUCCCAAAGACAAUGAAAAGCCUAAGGCAGCGGUAAUUAUUGUUACCGACGUAUUUGGAGUGGUGCAAAACAGCAAGCUUCUUGCCGACGAUUUUGCAGCUAAUGGAUAUCUUACCUUGGUUCCUGACAUCUUGGACGGGGAGUUCCUUCCUCUGGAUGUAUUCGAGACAGGCUCUGUGGAUAUUCCGGGUUGGGCCUCCAGACAUGGCCCAGAGCAGGUUGAUGCAGUUCUCGAGAAGGUUAUUGGACAUUUGCGGAACGACGUGGGAGUAGAGAAGAUUGCUGCUGCAGGAUACUGCUUCGGAGGAAAGUAUACGGCUCGAUUUCUUAAAGCAGGGAAGCUGGAUGUCGGAUACACCGCUCAUCCAUCUUAUAUCACAUUUGAAGAGCUUCAAAGCGUAGAAAAGCCAUUCUCCAUUGCGGCUGCAGAAACUGAUCAAAUCUUUACCCGAGAAUUGAGGCAUAAAUCAGAAGACAUUCUAAUUGCUAAUGGAACCCCUUAUCAGAUUAACCUCUUCAGUGGCGUUGCUCACGGGUUUGCUGUUCGGGGAGACCUCAGUAAGCCUGUGAAUAAGUUUAGUAAAGAGCAGGCAUUUUUGCAGGCCUUGGCGUGGUUUGACCACUACUUAUAA